AUGGGUUCUGUUGAAGAUCAUAAACCUAAAUUAGGGGGGUUGGUUGGUGGAACUCAUUCUCUGCUUGAGGAGAUGAAGUUGUUGAAAGAAAUGCAGGAGAAUUCUGGGGUCAGGAAGCCAAUAAGUUCCGAGCUAUGGCACGCAUGCGCUGGUCCACUGGUGACAUUGCCUCAGGUGGGAAGCCUCGUAUAUUACUUCCCACAAGGACACAGUGAACAGGUGGCAGUUUCCACAAAUAGAACAGCAACCUCUCAAAUCCCUAACUAUCCAAAUCUCCCAUCUCAGUUGUUGUGCCAAGUUCACAAUGUUACACAACAU